AUGCAGCACCAGCAGCGGCCGCCCUCCAAAGCCGCCUCUGCCCAGCUGCUGCCUUCUUCCGUCCUCUACCGCAGCCCCGACAGCGCCACUGUCAUAUUGGAUAUUCCCAGAUCCCUCGAGGAGAGCCAGGUGCUGCCCGGUGAGGAACACUCUGCCCAAUGCCGGAUUUACUCGUCCGUAGCCCCGACAGCUCCUUUCGAGCUACCGGAGCCAGCGCAUGGCCUUGAGCCCGAUGCGACUGCUUCGCCAGCGUCGCAGAUUGCUACCUUGAUGACGGCGGAGAGUCUUCGAAGCGUACUAGAGGUUCUCUCGCAGGAUUAUACAGGCGCAUAUUGCCUGCCGCGUCAGAUAGCUCCAGAGUCGUCACCAUCAUCAUCGCCGUCAUUGCAGACCGAGGAGGACUCUGAACCAUGCAACCCACCCGACGCCAACCAUCUGCAUGGCUCCAUUUACAACACAGCGCAAGCUUUUCUGCAGCGCGCGCCUAAGCGCAAAACGACGGCGGCGGCCGGCUACAAAACGGCCAGCUCGCUCUCCUCCAUCCGCGCGCUCCUCUGCGCCAUCCCUGUCCGCGCCCACCUCCACGACGACGGCCUGGUCGCCGUCUGGAUCACCAAUAAACCUCGCAUCGUAGAUCUGCUCACCGCGCCAGGCGGCGUCUUUGAGGAGUGGGGGCUGGAGUUCGUAGCGGAAUGGACGUGGCUCAAGGUCACGGCCGACGGGCGUCCCUUGUUCCCGCUCGCCGCGGCCUGGCGCAGGCCCUGGGAGAAGCUCCUCGUAGCGAAGCGCAAGGGUCAGGCCGCGCCGCGCAGGCUGGCGCCCAAAACUAUUGUUGCCGUGCCUGAUCUUCAUUCGCGCAAGCCCAACCUCAGAGGCCUGUUUGGAGACAUUCUCGGUCCGGGCUACAGCGGCCUCGAGGUGUUUGCGCGUGGUCUGACGGCCGGAUGGUGGAGCUGGGGAGACGAAGUGCUCAAAUUUCAGCAGCCGCAGCAUUGGCACACGAAGCAGUCUCCGUAG